AUGACUUACAGGCAGACAAACACACACACACACACACACACACACACACGCAGUGAACACACAAACAAAUCGGUGAUGCUUCAUUUAUACAAUUCCCUUGGUGGCAGAGAGGAUUUAUCAGAACAGCACAUUCAAUUCAUUCAUGCAAUUAGAAUAAAGAUUUCCAAUAUUGUGCCAGGCAAAAUUCCAGAUGAUUUUCAAUAUCAGCCUCUUCUCUCUGCUGAUAUGAGAUUCGUUUCUUCUCUCAGCGGACAAGCUAGUGUACAUUCAUCAUUUAAGAAUUUGGCUGGUUUCAUGGAGCCCUGCGCCUCACUGAGCAGUCACAGAAGGUAUGAAAACGACAGACACAUCAAUCUCCCAGUGGUCUUGCCAGAUCCAUGA